AGAGAGAAAGAGGGCAGAGGAGCUUAGAGAAGGGAUCUGCAUUGUAAGUAGCUCUGAGAGCAGCAAGUGGUGGCUGUUUUUCAACCUGUUUUUGUUUUCCCGAGGAGGCGGUGAACAAGAAGGAGAAGAACCAGGCAGAAAAGCACAGAUCUGAAAAGUCUGAGCUGAGUUUCAAAAGAAAUACAAACAGAGAGCAGAACAGGGGGGAGUGAAGCCGGGAGGAACACAAGGCAGCAAUGGAUAGCAGAGUGGCUCAGCCUGACCCUGGGAUGGCAUGGAUUCACACACAGCUGCUGGCUACCGUCCAGCACACACACUAGGCUGCUAACACCGAUGAGCUCCCAUGUGUUCGUUCAGCCAUGCUUCCUGGGUAUGGAUUCUCACCUUUUCCUGAUUUCCAACCCCACCUUCACGCUUUCCGCUGCCGAGGAGAGAGUCCUAGCAUGUGGAUCCCUGGCUCAGGGGAGUCCCAGGCUCUGAGCGAGGCACAGGAGGACAGGCCUCUCCUGCACCCGUGCCACCACAAGCACGUCGCCGUGUGCCAGCAGGAAACAUUGGCUUUUAUUGAGCUACAACCACCAGAGACUCCUAAACUUAACAGUCUUGGCUACCAGAGGCCAACUGUUAUUCCAGAGGCACAAUGCACAACACACUCCCUGCCCCUGAAUGGUUUCAGACACACUCUAAACGAACUAAAUGACAUGCAGAACGGCUGCCACAGGACAGACAAUGAGCAUGUAGCACUGUUAAAUUUGAACUCUCAUACACCUGCGGGUGACUGUGAGCUUGAAUGCCAUAAUGGCAUCAGGACUUCUUUGCAGGAACAGACUGAAAAACCUCGUACUGUCACAACAGUAUGUCGUCCUCAUCACGCAGCUCUUAGCCUCCCUCUGCCGUUCCCUCUGUCCUCUCUAUACACAAACCGAGACUCCUGGGAAUCUCAGAUACCUUGCUCCCCAUCCUCACCUACAGGUCCUGGGUUUCAGAGUCCAGACUCCUGCCGCCUGCAGAGGAGGACAUCACAGGGUUCACUGAAAGAGAAGUCUAUCCGGAGAAAGAUGCAGGUUUAUUCCCCAGACAGCCAGAGCGAUGAAUCCAGUCCAAUCCUGGAUGCAGACUACAUCUUCCCAGGACCUUUUGCAUCUUUCCUGGAGGAGGACCUCAGUGGAGUAUCUUCACUAGAGCCCCUUUCAAGCCCCUCAUCCACAGACGGUCUUACAGAUCUGCCAAACCUUGGUCACGAUGAUAUUUUUAAUCUACCUGCAGAACCACUGCAGAUAAUAGAGGACCCAAUGCCAGGGGUGGGGGAGGACAGCGGGAGUGUAGAGACUUCAAGUGCCACAGGGGGGAGCUUUUUGUCACGCGUCGGUCGUCAUGGGGAUCAAGAACGGCGGCGCUUCUCAGCUUCAGAACUGAUAUCUAGACUGCAGCUGUCUCAGAGGAAGAACUCCUUCACCUUGAAGCUGGGGAAGUCGCUGUCUGCACGGGUAGCCUCCAGGGACAGACAGAGCGCCAACAGCCUCAGCCCCAACACUGACUGUAAGUCCUUCUCCAAGCACCGCAGCUCAGGAGGCUCUAGUGAUAGCGCCCCCCACAGUCCUGUAGGACCUGCACCUACUCUGCCCAGCAGUGACAAUGGCAUGCCUUUGCAUCGGUGGAGCACAAAACUCGGAAUGCGAAAGAAAUCCAUAGAGGAGGACUUCUGCACACUUCCAACUGUUGCUAGUUCGAAUCGCUUAUCACGGUUUUUGCCUAGUUCGAUUCUGUACCAGGAAUACAGCGACGUCGCCAUCAACAGAGAGAUCCAGAGGCAGCAAGGGAAGGAGCCAGGCACAGAGGAGGAGAGGCUCAGGGAUGAGGGGUCAGAUGGGACCCCGUCUCCUUCUAAUCUGUCUCCAUCCAGCUCCUUUCGCUCAUCGCGAGGCUCUGCUUUUGCACUGUGGCAGGACAUACCCGAUGUUCGAACCAGUGGCCAGCUCGACAACUUCAGCAACGAGGAACGGAAAUUACAGGAGGCAAAGUUUGAGCUGGUGACGUCUGAGGCGUCGUACAUUCGUAGUUUGACGAUCGCAGUGGACCACUUCAUGUUGUCGCAGGAGCUCGCCGAGUGUCUCGGAGCUCAGGAUAAGCAGUGGCUCUUCUCCAAGCUGCCUGAAGUCAAAGGUGUCAGCGAGAGGUUUCUUCAGGACCUGGAGCACAGGCUGGAGGAAGACAUUCUGCGUUUUGAUGUGUGCGACAUCGUCUUGGAACACUGCCCGGCUCUGCGAAGGGUUUAUUUACCUUAUGUAACCAACCAGGCGUACCAGGAGCAGACCUACCAGCGUUUGCUGCACGAGAACCCUCGUUUCCCCGGCAUCCUGGCUCGCUUGGAGGAGGACGCCAUCUGCCAAAGACUUCCUCUGACCUCUUUUCUAAUCCUCCCAUUUCAAAGGAUCACACGGCUCAAAAUGCUGGUGGAGAACAUCUUAAAGAGGACGAUACCAGGCUCCCGAGAUGAGGACACUGCCACAAAAGCUUUCAAUGAGCUAAAAAAGAUCAUCAAAGAAUGUAACUCCAGUGUGCAGUCAAUGAAGAGGAUGGAGGAACUUAUUCACCUCAAUAAGAAAAUCAAAUUUGAGGGAAAGAUCUUUCCUCUGAUCUCUCAGUCCCGCUGGCUGGUAAAACAUGGUGAACUCCUGGAAGUGGACACUCAGACGAUGAGUAUUUCCGGAUCAAAGCUCAAGUUGCCCACCAAGCCGGUGUACCUCCACCUGUUCAAUGACUGUCUCCUGCUGUCCAGGAGGAAGGAUACGUGGAAGUUCAUGGUGUUUGUACACGCCAAGAUAGGACAGCUGAAAGUGAAGGACCUCAGUCAGAAGCUGCAGGGCAUCUCAGGCUUCAUCUUCCACCUGCAGCUGUGUGAAGGCCAGCAACUCAAACACCAGAUCCUGCUCAAGUCACACACUGAGAGCGGGAAGCAGAGAUGGAUCACAGCCAUGUUUCCAUCUGAUCCACGCGAAGACAUCGAGCAAGCCAGUGAGAAUGAUGAUAUAUCCCAGGUUCAGUGCAUCAAAAGCUAUCAGGCCCAGGAGCACGAUGAGUUAACACUGGAGAAGGCCGACAUUCUUCACGCUAAGACCAUUACAAGUGAUGGCUGGGUGGAAGGCAUCAGACUGUCUGACGGGGAACGGGGCUGGUUCCCCAAAACCUACGUGGAGGAAAUCACAAGUCGCAGCGCUCGCCUCCGCAACCUCCGAGAAAAUAUCCGCAUCAAAUGUGUCACGCAGAAAUUGGAGGGAGAAGACUAACCACUUUACUGCAAUUGGUUGUGUAUCAAAGGUGCAUUUCAGUUGCUAAGGUGCAUUUUUAAGCUUCUGGAUCAUUGUUUUAAUUUUAGAUGCAUGUGGGACCUACUUUAUAGUAUGCAGGUGCUAAAACAAGACAAGGUUUUUGACUGUAUGAGCAUUUUCCUUUAGCAAGCUAGCUUCAAAUACAGUCAGCUUUUAAUGCUUCUGUACAUUUGAGUCUGUCGACAAACAUUUUUAACAGUUUUGUAACACUGAAGUUACUUUUUGUAGAGGCAAUCACUUCAUGCAUGCUUUCUGUGAAUGCAAUCCAUAACCAUUUUAAAGUCUGAGAAACACAUGCACAUUUACUAGCACAGUUAGUAACUGUAAUCAUAUCCAAAGGUAAAUGUAUACAUUUCUUGGUUCUUGUCAGAAGAGAAUGUCACUAAAUGUUUUUUCCGUCUCGUGGCCAAAUGCCCUCUUCAAACAUCAGAAAGUCACUCGAGGCAGUGCAUUGUUUAACUAUCCUUGCCUCUUUUUUAAGAGGACACCCUGCCUGUACGCAUUGUAUAUGAUUUGUAGUAACAAUUUGGAGUGCACGAUGGUUGUCCAGACAAGGCAACUGCCGAAAAGUGGUUAGGGGAUUUCACAAUACUAUUGUAACAUAUAUGAAGGACAGACUAUCAUCUUCACAUGGCCGCACUACACCAAUGCUUUUUUCUGUUAGUUCCCUAAUCUUAUUAAAGGAUUAGGCUGACUAUAUUCUAUAUUUUUAUAAAUGUCAACAAAUCCCUCAAAUAGACCAAAACCAGCAAUUAAUUUAUCCUAAAUCUGUGGCCAAAGCCUGAUAGAUCUUCUUUCUCUGUGCCAUGGAGCUACACUGUUACACUGGGUUACAUGUUCCUUCAUUACCAUGAAAACACACACACACACACACACACACACACACACACACACACACACACACACUUUAGUUGAUCCCACAUACACCAUCCUACUGAUGUAAAUACUGACUAGAUCACCAAAUGUGUAAUAUUCCACAGCUGAAAAUAGUCCCCAACAAAUGCACUAUUUACUCCUGUUUGAGUAACAUUUGCUAAAAACAACAGUGGCCAGCUGAUUUAGGGAAUGAUUUAGCCUCUAUUAAAUAUUGAAACUAUAUAUUUGUGACUAAUUUUAUAGCUUUCUGUUGUCAGUAGGAACAAACUGGGCUUGAGGCUGAGCUCCACAGACAGGGUAGGAAGGUCAGACAUUGUUGGUUUUGUUCCUUUCAUGGCAUUUGUUGACAGCAAGGAAAAUAAAAAAAUGAGUGUCCUUUAAACCCCAUCAAAUUUACAUCUAUACCAGAUUCACAUCGGAACACAUUCACAUCGGCCAGUUGUGAAGUAAAAGUGGAAGUUUUGCUUCACAUCUACCUCAUUUUAAAACUUCAGACCCAGUUAAAUAAAAGCUAGACAUUAUCAAAUGUCUGUAGCGGAGCGCUUCCAGGACUCAAAAAGUUAGCUUGAGGUGCUCUUUGGAUGGGAUAAUCAUAAUGUAGAAACCAAUAAGGAAACUCCAAGGCACUCUCUUUUAGAAAA